GAAGGGACUGCGCCGGAACACUUUUGUUUCGCGGCGACGGAGGUUUUAGAGUGUCGCACCCGGCCGUACUUCCGCCGCUCAGCUGCUCCUCGGAGUGGAGGUUGAAGUGGCCGCUGCUGGAUGUUCCUUGCGGGGCAGUCAUCACAGAAUGGCCGGCAUUUUGCUCUCAGUCAUGCAGAGGCACCCAAGCAGACUACAGACUGUGACAAAAGGUGUGCAGUCUCUCGUUUGUACAGAGUGGAUUCGUCACAAAUUUACCAAAUCAAGGAUUCCAGAUAAAGUAUUUCAGCCUUCACCUGAAGAUCAUGACAAAUACGGUGGGGAUCCUCUGCACCCUCACAAGCUGCAUAUUGUUACCAGAAUAAAAAGUACAAAAAGACGGCCAUAUUGGGAAAAGGAUACAAUAAAGAUGCUUGGAUUGCAAAAAGCACAUACUCCUCAGGUUCACAAGAAUAUCCCUUCAGUGAAUGCAAAACUGAAGAUCGUUAAACAUUUGAUCAGAAUCAAGCCCCUGAAGCUGCCACAAGGCCUUCCGACAGAGGAAAACAUAUCUAGCACGUGCCUCAAGAGCACUGGGGAAUUGGUGUUGCAGUGGCACCCACAACAUGUGGGGCAGAAUGCUUAGAAAGUCCUAACGUCAGAGCAGCUGCAGGUGUUCACUUCAUGAUGAGCUAGUCACAACAGCCAGCAGGAGAAACAACCCAGAUGCCGAUGACAGAUGAAGGAAACGUGAUACAUACACACCAUAGAAUGUUACUCAGCCUUUAAAAGGAAGGAGAUCUUGCCGUAUAGGACGACAAGGACAAACCUUGAGGACAUUAUGCUAGGUAAAAUAAGCAGUCAUGGAAUAACAAGUGUUGCACGAUUCCCCUUAUAUGAAGUGUUCAAAAUAAUGAAAUUCCUUGAAGCAAAGAACAGAAUGAAGGUUGUCAGGACUCUUGGGAGGUGGAUGGGGAGUUACCAGUCAACAAGUGUUAAGUUUGAAUUUUGCCAUGAAAAAUUAUGAGAAACCU